UCCCGCGGUACAGGUCCCGAGAGAGGUCAAAAAUCUCUGAAGCUUUUCCAGCGUGCACGCCUCCCAGCCGGCUCCUAGUCAUGAACUCACGGGUGCGGACCGAACCCCUGCUCGGGGACUUUCCACUGUCGAUCCCGGGGGACUCUUACUCCGUGGUCGUGCUACUGCAGGGCUACUCGGAGCCGCAGGGCACGGAGGGCGCGCAAAGGGCGGACGGCUCCGUGACCCUGUUGCUGCCCACUACGUGGAAGUCUCAGGGAGCACGCGGGGAGGCGCCCGCUGGCCCGGACACACAGCGCGCCCUGGAGCAGGCGGCCUCGGGCCCCGUGCUAGUGGACACAGGGGGUCCCUGGGCCAGGGACGCCCUGCUGGCCGCGCUGGCUGCGCACGGCGUGACCCCGGACGCCGUGACCCUCGUGGUGGGCACCCACGGCCACUCGGACCACGUGGGCAGCCUGGGCGCGUUCCCGCGCGCCGCGCUCCUCGUCUCCCACGACUUCUGCCUCCCAGGGGGCCUCUACCUGCCGCACGGGCUGAGCGAGGCGCGCCCUUUGCGCCUGGGCCCGGGCCUCGAGAUCUGGGCCACGCCGGGGCACGCGGGCCUCGGGGACGUCAGCGUGGUGCUGGCGGGCACCUCCGUGGGCACAGUCGUGGUGGCCGGAGAUGUGUUCGAGCGCGAGCACGACGGCGACACCUGGCGGCAGCUCAGCGAGGACCCCGAGGCGCAGGAGCGCAGCCGGCAGCGGGUGCUGGCGGCCGCCGACGUGAUCGUGCCGGGUCACGGCGGACCUUUCCGGGUCUUCCGAGGGCCCGGAGACCCCUCGGCGUCCUAACCCGGGGGCGGGCCGCUGCAAGCACAGGCCCUGCCUGGCCCAAGAAGCGCCCCUAGGGGGCGCGCUGCAACUCGGGGCCCU